GCUCCCGCGGAGCGCGCAGAGGCGCACUAACGCUAUUCGCCCACUCCUCGUGAGGAAAGGAGGGACCUUCACGCUGAUUGGCUGCGACGCGGGAGACCGACGCGGCGGACCGGACGCAGUGGGCGGGCGGGAACGUGUAGUCUCCGCGGUGGCUGCUGGGCCCGUUCGGCGGCCGGUAGCUGUUGCGGCUGUCGGACUCGUCGUUGCCGCCACCGCCGGCGCUGCCGCCUCAUGGCGGCCAUCGGGGUUCACCUGGGCUGCACAUCAGCCUGUGUGGCCGUCUACAAGGAUGGCCGGGCUGAUGUAGUUGCAAAUGAUGCAGGUGACAGAGUUACUCCAGCCGUUGUAGCUUACGCAGAAAAGGAAGAGAUUGUUGGACUGGCAGCAAAACAAAGCAGAAUACGAAAUAUUUCAAAUACAGUAAUGAAAGUAAAGCAGAUCCUUGGCAGAAGGGUGCUCUCAAGGGACCCCCACCUACAGCAACUCCCACAACCUUUUCAGAGGUGCAGUUGCUCCCUGUCAGAGCAGCCCCAUGACCAGACUGGGUGUGUCCGGGGAGCCCGGUCCCUGCACCAGCACCAGCCGCAACACUCCUGGUGCAGCCUCCGCACCACGGCCUCCGGUCUCCUCUCCCAGAGUUGGUUUUGUUUCUGGUGGGGAUAGGCCUUUGACCAGUGAGCCCCCUCCAAGGUGGGCAAGGCGAAGAAGGCGGUCAGUGGCCAGGACCAUUGCAGCCGAGUUGGCAGAAAACAGGAGAUUGGCACGAGAACUUUCAAAGCGUGAGGAAGAAAAACUGGACAGGCUGAUUGCUAUUGGUGAGGAGGCCAGUGCUCAGCAAGACACUGCCAAUGAGCUCCGCAGGGACGCUGUCAUCGCGGUCAGACGUUUGGCGACAGCAGUGGAAGAAGCAACUGGUGCUUUUCAGCUAGGCCUUGAAAAAUUGCUUCAGAGGUUGAUUUCGAACACCAAAAGCUAGGAACUGAUAACAAAAGUUUAUUUCCUAAACUGGUAGAAGUCUAGUUUCAAUACUUUCUAGGAUUCUGGCUCCUUUUCUGUGUCCUCAGAGAAAAAGAGUGGAUGAACCAUUAAUGUGCAGAGUGGUAGGAAUAUACUUGCUAGUACCUUUCCCCAAGAUUCUCCACUAAUUGUAAGACCUUUCAGAAAUGUGAGGGGUGGCCUAAUAGAAAAUGGAUGGAGCCGAGUCCAAGAGAGCUAGUUCGACCUGGGCUUUGUCUCUGAUGUAAGGCAAUUUAGUUUACCUCUCUACAACAGUUUUCCUCAUCUGUAAAAUGGGGAUGAUAAUAACUCCUCCCCUGCCUACCUCACAGGGUUGUUGUGAGGGUCAAAUGACUAAUAGAUGUGAAAGAGUUUAAAAGCACUAUAGACAUUUAAGUUAUUAACACAUCUGACCUUGGCUGCUUGGUAAGGCCAUGGUGAGGCACGUUAGUUUACAAGACACAAGUGUGGCUGUAUACCAUGACCUCAUUGCUUGAAUCUUUUUUCACUGGUUUAACUUGACUGCUUUCAUGGAGUUUGGGAUCUUAAUUUUAUAAAUCCCUCUGUGGCUCUUCAGGCUAGUGUUAGCACUGCAUUUUCUUACAUUUUCACUGCUAUGUCUUUGACAUACCUACUACUAAGCAGUCAGACCAUCUUUCCCCCCUUCAUUUUACUAGUUCUCAGUCUCCUGUCAACAUAAGGAUAUAAUUAAGAACCAACAGGGAGUCACAGUAGUAUGUUAUGGUUCAUAUGGGUAAUCUUUUGAUAUAAUUAAAUAUUGGCUGUUUUAUUGAAAAUGUAAGUAAAUUCUUUGCAUUCCAUAGUAUUUGGGUCCCUCUAUAUGCCUAAGUUGUAGCUUUAAAUUUUGGUUGCCAUUUGAGCAUUAUGGAAACCAUUCAGAUUAUUAUAUCAGUUUCCAAUCUUCUUUUAGCUAAUUUCAUUCUUUUCUGCUAGCUGUUUUUUGUCUAGUAUGUUACAGAGGGAAAGCCCUAGAAAACUUUCCUUCUAAGGAACUUUCCAAGGUCACUUUUUCUCAAGCAUUGCAGCCAAAUUUGAUGUAGUUAAUGGAGUACGGUGGAAGAGAACAGCAUUAUUUCCCCUUUAGCUUUGGAAACACCAGAGGGUGGUGUGGGUAAAGACUGCCUGGAAUAGAGGACUCCUUUUAAGCACAAGCCCUCAACAAAUGCACCACUCCUAUCCCUCCCCCCACUUCUUUGGAAGAGAUGAAGGUGAUAACGCCAAACUUCCACUUUACUUUAGAAGGAAAGCCAGUACUAGCCGUCAUUAAACUAACUUAAAGCUUUUAGUGGUUUGCUUAGUACUUUCAGGACAUACAAAUAGAAAUCUUUGUGAUUUAUAAAGCUUCCCUACAGUCUAGAAGCUGGGGGAAAAAAGUGGGCAUGUUGGGAGAAGUGAGGUUUUAUAUUUUGCAGGCGUGGGUGCUUAGCUAAAUACUGGAAAUGCGAGUGGAUGGAGAAAUGGUCAAAACAACAGUGGGACCAUACCCAGAACCAUGAAUAGAUGGCAGGCAGGCAUGCUGCUCAGUGAAUGUGUGGUGGCGGAGGGAGGCAGCUGGAGUGAUAGAGUACGCUGGAAUCUAGUUAGAACGCCUGGAUCCCAAACCUUCCAUAGUUCGUUUCAUCAACCAAAUCCCUUGCCCUUUGCAUGCCUCGGUUUCUUCGUCUCUAAAUUGAGGGACUUGUACUAGUUGACUUUUUUCUAGUACCUUCCAGUUCUAAAAAUCUUUUAAAUAGCAUAAUUUAAAAAAGGCGAAGUGGAAGUGAAUUUAAUUGUAAUACUUUCAGUCAUAGCAGCAUAUUAAUGUAUGUUUGAAAUACCGGUAACGAUUGUAAGGUAGCAUUCUAUGGUACUAGUGUUUCUUAAUAUACUGAUGAGCUUCUAAGCACCACACCAGACACACAGAUUCCUUGCUUUUAUAAAAGGGCAUAUAUUAUGGCCUUGAAAUGGAUCCAGAUAUAUACAUUUUCUCAAUUGUCUUAGGUCACUAUAUGGAAAGGUAUAUGUCAGUUAUAACUGGAUAAUGCUAUUAUAGAUAGGUAGAUUUUUCUGGAAAAACAGGGAAGUACUUGAAGGAUAGUUAGAACUGUACUAUAGGCCAGGCACGGUGGCUCACGCCUGUAAUCCUAGCACUCUGGGAGGCCGAGGCGGGCG